CACCAUCAUUACCACCAUCACCCCCUUAUCAGCCGUGCGGGCAACGGGCAACUCCCCCCCGCAGAGAAAGGGUUGCCUAUUCAGAAGAGUAUAAAACCUUCUCUCGUCCCACCCCCACGGGCACCGCUUUUCUUUUCCCACAAUCCACUUUCCAUAAACCACUCCCUCCAUCGCAACUUUUCUAGCCAUCAUUCUCACCAGAUUCUCACGGCUCUCUGCCUUUCAUCACACCGCAACCAAAAUGCCUCUUUACAACGUCACCCUGAAGAAGGACUCUCCCCCCGAGGAGUUGGAGAAGGCCAAGCAGCAGGCCACCGAGAAGGGCGGUACUAUCAAGCACGAAUACUCUCUCAUCAAGGGCUUCACUGUUGAGUACCCCGAGGACAGCGUCCUCUCGCUCGAAGCCAACGAACACGUGCAUGUCGAGCAGGACGGCGAGGUGCGCACUCAAGCGUAAACAUCCUCCAACUUUCCUCUCACUUGCGGACACAACAGAGAGCCUCGCGGCGGGAAGAUUAAAGGAUGUGUGUCAUGUACGAGUUACGAAAUCAUUCUAGUUCACUGUAGAGCAAGAGGCUUAGCAUCAUGAGUGUGAGGCCCGGAUCGUCCGCUGUGCGGCG